AUGCGCCCCGCGCAAGAACCGCUCACGAUGGGCAAGGACCAGAAGAAGACCGGCAAGGGCCGUCUCGACAAAUGGUACAUGCUCGCCAAGGAGCAAGGCUACCGUGCCCGUUCCGCCUUCAAGCUCGUCCAGCUCAACCGCAAGUACGACUUCCUCGCCGGCGCCAAGUGCGUCAUCGACCUGUGCGCUGCGCCGGGAGGUUGGCUCCAGGUCGCCGCCAAGCAGAUGCCGCAGCAGAACUCGAUCAUCAUCGGUGUCGACCUCGUGCCCAUCAAGCCCAUCCCGCGCUGCAUCACGCUCGUCGAGGACAUCACGACCGAGUCGUGCCGCAGGGCUCUCCGCGCCGAGAUGAAGGACUGGAAGGCCGACGUCGUCCUCCACGACGGUGCGCCCAAUGUCGGAUCCGCGUGGGUGCAGGACGCCUUCACCCAGGUCGAGCUCGUCCUCGCGUCGCUCAAGCUCGCCGUCGAGUUCCUGCGCGCCGGCGGCACCUUCUGCACCAAGGUCUUCCGCUCCAAGGACUACAACGCGCUCCUGUGGGUCUUCAACCAGCUGUUUACCAAAGUCGAGGCGACCAAGCCGGCGUCGUCGCGUAACGUGUCGGCCGAGAUCUUCGUCACCUGCCAGGGCUUCCUCGCGCCGGCCAAGAUCGACCCGCGCAUGCUCAACCCCAAGUACGUCUUUGCCGAGGUCGACGGCGCCGACGACGAGGAGGGCGCGUCGAAGCGGUUCGCCGAGGUCGACGCCGAGGGCAACGAGGUCGCCGGCUCGAAGAAGGGCAAGCAGGCGUCGACCAACCCGCUCGCCAAGCUCGACAACCGCGCCAUCUCGACCAAGGACGUCAUGACGCCCGCGACGCUCAACGUGUUUGCGCCCGAGAAGCACCGCAAGCAGCGCGAGGGUUACGACGACGGCGACAUGACGCUGUACAAGGAGUGCAGGGUCAUGCAGUGGAUCCGGCACCAGGACCCGAUCGGUGUUCUCGGCAUGGUCACCCGCAUGCGCUUCCAGGACGACGAGGACAAGAAGCUCCUCAAGAACCCGCUCACGACUGGCGAGAUCAAGUCGUGCCUCGACGACCUCAAGGUCCUCGGCAAGAAGGACUUCAAGAUGCUCCUCAAGUACCGCCUCGCGAUCCGGGAGGACCUCGGUCUCGACGUCAAGGUCGACCAGAAGGAGGACGCCGUCGAGAACGUCGACAUCGAGCCGCUCGACGAGGAGGAGCAGCUCACCCAGGAGCUCGAGCGUCUUGCCCGCGACGAGGCCUUCAAGAAGCGCCGCGAGCGUCGCCGCGUCAACGAGAAGAAGGCGCGCGAGGUGCAGCGCAUGCAGCUCAACAUGGGCGCGCCGAUGGACAUCGGUCUCGAGCAGCAGGACGGCAUGGGCAUGGAGAUGUUCGACCUCGGCGAGGUCGAGGGCGGCAAGGAGCGUCGCGGCGUGAGCGGCGGCCGGCUCGACAGCGACGGCGAGCCCGAGCUGAGCGACGACGACGACGACAUGGACCGCGAGGACAUCUCGGGCUCGAACAAGGUCAAGAAUCAGCGCCAGAUGCCGAUGCAGAUCAUCCCCGACGGCGCCGACGACGACGACGAGGACGAGGACGUCACCGACGACGAGCGCAAGACGCGCCGGCUCGAGGAGAGCCUCGACCUGCUGUACGAGUCGUUCCAGCAGACCAAGCUCGAGCGCGACCACAAGCACAAGGUCAAGCAGCAGCGCCUCAAGCGCGCGCUCGAGGAGGGCGGCGAGUUCAAGGGCAUCGGGUCCGGCAGCGACGCCGACACGGACGCCGAGUCGGAGGAGUCCGAGGGCGACUUUGACCCGGCGCCGCAGCCGUCGAGCGACGAGGACUCGUCGGACGAGGACGAGGACGAGCAGGCGGCGGCCAAGCCCGAGGCGGUCAAGGCGGCGCCGGCCAAGCGCGCUCGUGCCGCGCCCGCACCUGUCGAGCUCGACGAGGACGACAAGGCCGACGGCCUGCUCAAGACGCUCAAGAAGGGCAAGGUCCUGUCGACGAGCGCCAAGAGCCGCCAGGCGGCCAUGUGGUUCGACCAGCCGGCGUUCAAGGGCCUGCCCGGCGGCCUCGAGAGCCUCCUCGGCGGCGCCGAGGACGCGAGCGACGACGAGGCGGCGGUCGGCGGCGAGUCGGACGAGGACGACGAGGACAUGGGCGACGCGACGUGGGUCGAGAGCGACGAGGAGGGCAGCGGGCAGGAGGCGAGCACCGACGACGAGUCGGACGACGACUUUGACGGCGCUCGGCCGACGUUCGAGGAGGACGAGGCGAUGGAGGAGGAGGCCGACAUCGACGCGCAGGAGAAGGAGGAGAUCGAGAAGGCCGAGCGGAUAGCCAAGGUCGGCUUGACGACGGCCGAGGCGAUGACGCUCGCGCAGCAGCUCGUCAACCGCGAGCGCACCAAGACGCAGCUCGUUGACGAGGGCUUCAACCGCCACACGGACGCCAUCGGCGGCGACGGCCUCCCGACCUGGUUCAUCGACGACGAGCAGCGCCACUUCCGCCACAACAUCCCCGUCACCAAGGACGCCGUGCAGGCGAUCCGCGACAAGCAGCGCGCGCUCAACGCGCGCCCGAUCAAGAAGGUCGCCGAGGCCAAGGCGCGCAAGCAGAUGCGCAAGGUGCGCCGGCUCGAGAAGGCGCGCAACAAGGCGCAGGGCAUCAACGACGACGAGGACAACGGCCUCACCGAGAAGGAGAAGGCGGCCAGUAUCGCCAAGGUGCUCGCCAAGUCGGGCGGCGCGGCCAAGGUCAAGCGGCCCGAGAAGAAGGUCGUCGUCGCGAGGGGCGCCAACCGCGGCAUCAAGGGUCGCCCCAAGGGCGUCAAGGGCAAGUACAAGAUGGCCGACCCGCGCAUGAAGAAGGAGGUGCGCGCCCUCAAGCGCAUCGCCAAGCGCGACCGCAAGUCGUCGGGCCGCAACAAGGCCAACAAGUAGAGCCCCCCCCUCCCUCUCUCUCUCUCCUUCGGUCGGCUCCUCGUCUUUCCCUCCCUCUUCUCUCUCUGUGUCGUAGAUCUCGGGCUCGAGGCGUUGUCUGUAACAGUAUCGUUGCGCAUC